GAAAUAUAGGGAUUGUGUGCGCGGUGGGGAGGGAGAGCGGAGAGCGGCACCCGGCUGGUUUCCAGGAGGAGCCCUUUUCUCCCUCUCGUUGCAUGUUAGGCAUUUUUGCACAGCUUUCUCCCCCCACCCCCUCCCCGCCGGGGCAGGGUUACCUCUGCCGCCUGCUCUCCGCAUCUCUGGUGGGGAGCGAAGCAGCCAACUCCGCUGCGAUCGGAAAGCGGCCAGAGACCAUUUUAUGUGAGCGAGCCGGGUGGGAAGAAGCGGAGAGAAACCGUCGCAGGGACACACACGGAUAUAAAGACUUGUCUUCUGCCUCCCCCCCGCUCCCUCCCCCUUGUAAAUACUAAAUCUGAGAAGGCAGCCAUUUGACAUCCACCCUGAGCAGCGGCUAUGGGGUGUUUGGGCAACAGCAAAACGGAGGAUCAGCGUAUCGAUGAGAAAGCGCAGCGAGAAGCCAACAAAAAAAUAGAGAAGCAGUUGCAGAAAGAGAGGCUGGCUUAUAAAGCGACACACCGCUUGCUGCUGCUGGGGGCUGGUGAGUCAGGAAAAAGCACUAUUGUGAAACAAAUGCGAAUCCUACAUGUCAAUGGAUUUAAUUCAGAAGAAAAGAAACAGAAAAUACUGGACAUUCGGAAAAACGUGAAAGAUGCGAUUGUGACUAUAGUUUCAGCUAUGAGCACUUUAAUACCCCCAGUUCCAUUGGCCAACCCAGAAAACCAAUUUCGAAUGGACUACAUCAAGAGUAUAGCUCCUCUUUCUGACUUUGACUAUACACAGGAGUUCUUUGAACAUGCAAAAAAGCUCUGGGAUGAUGAAGGUGUAAAGGCGUGCUUCGAGAGGUCAAACGAAUAUCAGCUGAUUGACUGUGCACAGUACUUUUUAGAAAGAAUUGACAGCGUCAGCAUGGAUGACUACACACCCACAGAUCAGGACCUAUUAAGAUGCAGAGUGUUGACAUCAGGGAUUUUUGAAACAAGAUUUCAAGUAGAUAAAGUAAAUUUCCACAUGUUUGAUGUAGGUGGCCAGAGAGAUGAGAGAAGAAAGUGGAUCCAAUGCUUUAAUGAUGUCACAGCUAUCAUCUUCGUUGUGGCUUGCAGUAGCUACAACAUGGUAAUAAGGGAAGACAAUAACACAAACAGACUACGGGAAUCCCUGGACCUUUUCAAAAGCAUCUGGAAUAAUAGGUGGUUACGGACCAUUUCUAUCAUUUUAUUCUUGAAUAAACAAGACAUGCUGGCUGAAAAAGUCUUGGCAGGGAAAUCAAAAAUUGAAGAUUACUUUCCUGAAUACGCGCAUUAUACUGUACCUGAGGAUGCAAUACCAGAUGCAGGAGAAGACCCCAAAGUCACAAGAGCCAAGUUCUUCAUCCGGGAUGAGUUUUUAAGGAUAAGUACAGCGAGUGGGGACGGCCGGCAUUACUGCUACCCACACUUCACAUGUGCAGUGGACACAGAAAACAUCCGCAGAGUGUUCAACGACUGCCGAGACAUCAUCCAGAGGAUGCACCUCCGCCAGUACGAACUCUUGUGAGGGGGAUCACCAUGGAACCUGUGGUUUUAAAUUCUUUGCUCCUUACUCUUUCUCUUGAUACUACCCCACACAGGGUGGAAGAAUAUACUAUAGAAAAGUCA